AGCUCUCCUUUUCAGCUUCACUUUAUUAUUAUUUUGUAAAUUCACUUUAGCUUUCUGUCGUCCAGACUACCAACACCCAAGAACACACUCCUUUGUAUCCUUUUCAGCACACUUGUACAGCACACGAUGGUUUCGCGGACCAGCACCACCAACCCCUUAGACUUCGCAGCGCUCAGCGCAGCUACAUACGGCAUUGCCGCCCAGCCGACGAAAUUCGGCGCCAAGGUCGCACACGCACUCGAGGUCAUUGAGGAGGCGAUCGGCACAUACGGACCGUCGCGGAUCGCACUGAGCUUCAAUGGCGGCAAGGAUUGCACGGUUCUGAUGCACCUGCUGCGGGCAGCGCUGUACCGGACAAGCACACCAAAGGCAUCGGCGAGCGGUGGACGGGCAGCCCUGCCACUGCUGUCUCUGUACGUGGUGUCCUCGAAGGCAUUCGCAGAGAUGGACGAUUUCGUGGAGGAGUCAGUUGGGCGGUACCGCCUGCAGCUGGUGCGCGAGGGCGGCGGGAUGCGGCAAGGCCUGGAGGAAUUCAAGGCGUCGUUCCCACAUGUGCAAGCAAUCUUCGUGGGCACACGGCGCGACGACCCGCACGGCAAGAACUUAGACUUUUUCUCGCCAACGGACAACGGGUGGCCCGAGUUCACGCGCGUGAACCCUGUCCUGGACUGGUCGUUUGACGAUAUCUGGGAGUUUAUCCGAUCUGCAGACGUGCACUACUGCGGGCUGUAUAACCAGGGAUAUACAUCGCUGGGCGAUGUCGACGAGACAGUGCGGAAUCCGGCGCUAUGCGAGAGGGAUGGAGUAUAUCGACCGGCGUGGUCGCUGAAGAACUGCGAUCUGGAGCGGCACGGGAGGACCUCGAACAUGACGGUGUCGCCAUUGCCCAUUGCGCAGGUGGCGGGCACGCAGGCAGUCAGCGAGCAGCAGAUGGCGCGGUAAUAUUCAUCUUUGUAGCGAUCUAGAAAUCAACAGCCUUCUCUCCCCAAAUUGCCAUGGCCGGCAGGCUUUAAUUUGACUGCAGGACGUACGCAAAUGGACGAUUCGCAACAACACGCGGUGGAGCGGCAAGUAUGCGGGCUGAAAAAUGUUGGCUUGGCGAACCAGGUGUUGGUAGAUCAACAGAAUGUGGGUUGCGCCAGAGAGGAGAUGGGAGGUGCCAAUCCCUCUUGUGGUUUGCUGGCUUCAGCAGGUUUUGGGCCAGUCUGGCGUUUCCAGCAACCCGCCAAAGUAGCAAAGGACCGCCCGGCCACUAGCACUGUCAGCCGGCUAUGCCAGGGAGGGAUGGCCUGAGAGCCC